UUGUCCUAAAUUAUUAAGGAGAAGUGAAAUUUGACCAAUAUUUUAUGAGCGAUAUAAAAAUACUACUAUUUAGGUUGAUUUCGUUUCCUUGCUUUCUACGGUUCGCCUGAGAGUUAUGGAGACUCAUCAACAUUUCUCUUGUGACAUAGUAUGGGAGAUCUCAACGUAUCUUCCGGUCAAGUCUCUCAUGCGAUUCAAGUGUGUUUCUAAAGCUUGGAAUACUAUGAUGCAAUGUCCCAACUUUGCGCGGUCACACUACGCUCGUUCUCAUGACCGCCCUUCAGCCACCCGUUUUUUGUUUCAACUCAAAACAAAUAACAAAGAUCAUCUGAAAAAAAGUAGCUUGAUGGAUUUAUCGUUACAGCUUGAUUAUUUUUGCUACGAUGGGGAGAUGAGGAUUUGUUCAAAUCAUUGCAACGGACUUGUUUGCUUGUAUAUCUAUAAAGACACUCAAGUUUAUUUGUACAAUGUCACCACAAGGGAGAUAAAAGCUUUGCCACCCUAUGUGAAUCGGGAAAUAAAAAUUUAUCCAUACGUCGAGCACCGAUCUAAACGUAAGUGGCUUCCAGGGUUUGAUAGGUUGUUUUUAGGGUUUGAUCAGGUGACGGGAAACUACAAAUUGCUUCUUUUGUCUCCUCAUCCAGCCGAAACAAAGAAAGCCAAAAUUCUAACGCUAGGAGUAACCAACUCGUGUUGGAGAAAAAUCGAUUUAUCAAAUUAUGCUGAUUACUCAUCAUGUCUUUCUUAUCGUGAGUGUAUUUACCUCAAUGGGGUUCUUUACUUGAUUUGGUUCGAUUAUGUGGCCUACUUGGACUUUGGGGAGGAGAAGAUUGGGUAUAUUUCUCUCCCACCACAAGCCCAUAGUUUCGAGAGAUCAUCUUGCAUGCACGCUGCACUCUGGGGACAAUUGGCUAUUCGUUGCUGCAGAUAUGGUAAGCGUGGCUGGCCACGGAUGUUUGGGUACGAUGAAGCUAACAAGGUUUUUAUUCCUCUUGAGAGUGGGAAUGGUUUCCAGAACGAUAUUUAUAUUUGCUUGCCCGGUAUGGAAAGGAUCAACGACAAGACAAAGGAAGCACAUGUUUUAGCAACAACAAGUGUAAUCGAUGUCCCUGAUGCUUUGCUGCUCUCCUCCAUCUCAUUGCCGUGUCUCAUAAGCUUUGUUGCUGAGAAUAACAUUGAAAACAGGCCUACUCCUGAUCUCGUGUUUAGAUUUGUUAGCAGAUUUGUUGAGAACAUUAUCCCAUUGAAUUCUUUACUAGUUUCAAUGUAGAAUUACUACUGUCUAGGCUAGCAGGUAUAUAUAUUUAUGUGUCGGCCAAUUUAAUUAUAUAUGGAUUGUGGGGAUCUUAUGUUCAAACCGGUUUUUGU